AUGGACACCUCCAUCCCUGAUGAUCCUGCCCUUGUAUCUGAUAAUGCUAUCCCUUUUCUCUAUAAUCUUCAACAAGCUCGCAAUAGUGCUGAUGCUCGUGUGACUGCUAACAACAAGAACUUUGAAAAAAAUAUAUACAAGCUCACAACUAUGGAAGGUGUCUCUUAUACUUCAUGGGUUUAUGCUGAACAUCUUAAAAUUGUCAAGUCUGAUAAUUUUGACCAUACCUGGUAUCAUCCAACCCCUGUCCAUGCCCAAAUGCGUCAAGAUCUUGCCACGGAUUCUUUUUCUGCCUUGCUGUUUUCUCUUGUGGAUACAUCUAUGGCCAAUGCUCAUCUUGAUUGGAGUACUGAGGAUUGGGAAAAGAUUAUUUGGACUGAUGAGAAACGAUUCCAACUUUUUGGUCAUAAUGGCUGCAAGAGAGUUCUCCACAAGAACAAUGCUGGUCUUCGUACUACAUGUAUCUCUCCAACCAUGAAGUUUGGAGGUGCGAAUGGCAAGAAGCAUGUUGAAGUAUUAGAAGAGGCAUAUCCUCCUUCUCCCUCAGCCUUCCAGCAGAAAACUGGUUGGAGUGACUUGGUACUCCAAGAAGACAGUGCCAAGGCACACACAAGCAAUAUUGCUGUAAAUUGGAAGAAUCAGCAUAAGCUCAAAGUUUUGGCUGAUUGGCCUCCUCAAAGCCCAGAUCUUAAUCCCAUUGAGCAUCUAUGGGAUUAUGUUAGCAAAAGAGUCUGGUAA